AUGCAGCACAUUGAUUUCGUGAAGUGUCCCACUACCGUCUUUCAGUGCAGUUCCAACUUGCAGUCCAUGGGAUGGCACGAGCACCUGAUCCAGCGCGGCCGCGCAGCGGCCUUCGUUCAGGGGCGCUGGCGGGCCCUGGGCGACAGCAUCGAGGACCGCGGCAUGAGGCUGCAGGCCAUCCACACUGCCCGAGGCCUAGUCAACGAGGUGUACUCCCAGCAGAUCCUCGGGCCAGGCGUGGAGUGCGCGCUGGCCUUCCUCAUGGAGGCCCUCCGGGUGUUUGCUGUAGGCUACGUGGGUAAACAAUGA